AUGCAGCGCGCCGAGCGCCGCGAGGGCGGGGAGGCGGCGGCCGCCGCGGCCUCCUACCGCGUGCUCAGCCGCCUGCUGGGCUACGGCGCCCGGCCCGAGCCUGGCGGCAGCGGCAGCACCAAGGGCCCGGCGGAGGAGGGCGCGGCGGCGGCAGGGGCCGGCGGGGCGCUGCGGGGCCCGCAGCUGCUGGUGUUCCGCGGCGGGGGGCGGCCGAGCGACGAGGCCGGGGCGGCAGCAGCGGGGCGCGGGGACCCCGGCGGCGCAGAGCUGCUGUGCCCGCGGCACCGCUGCGCGCUGGAGCCGGGCGCGGGGCACGGGCCGGGCGCGGGGGAGGCGCCGCCGCGCUGGGCCGGGCUGGAGCUGCAGCUGGCGGCGCUGGAGCUGCAGCCGGGCGGCAAGAAGAGCCCGUGCCCCGGCCCCUGCCCCUGCUUGCUGCCCGCCCCCGCGGCCGAGGAGACCAGCGACGCGCUGCUGGUGCUGGAGGCGCUGGAGCCCGACGAGGCUGGCAGCUGCUCCGAGGAUGACCCGGCCAGCCCUGCCCGGGCCCCUGCCGAGCCACAGCCCCCAGCGCCUGUCCCAGGUGGGAGGCCCGCGAGCCGCCUGCUGCCGGGCAUGGGGGCAGGGGUUGGGCCCCGCCGGGGGUCUCUGAAAAUCCGCCUCAGCCGCCUCUUCCGCACCAAGAGUUGCAGCGACCCAGCUGCGGCUGCUGCUGCCGACAGGAGGUGCUCAGGGGAGCUGCCUGCCUCAGCCGGGAGCCUCACCGACGUGUCCAGCGCCAGGGGCCGGGAGCAGGAUGCGGGCAGGAAACCCAGAUUGACGAGAACUCAAAGUGCCUUUUCUCCGGCCGCUUUCAGCCCCCUCUUCACAGGUGAAACUGUGUCACUAGUGGAUGUGGACAUCUCUCAGCGAGGACUGACCUCUCCUCACCCUCCGACUCCUCCACCUCCGCCACGAAGAAGCCUCAGCCUGCUAGAUGAUAUCAGUGGGACGCUGCCUACAUCUGUCCUAGUGGGUCCGAUGGGGUCUUCCCUGCAGUCUUUCCCUCUGCCUCCGCCUCCUCCACCCCAUGCCCCAGAUGCGUUUCCGCGUAUUGUCCCACUCCGACCGACAGAGGCAGUGCCCAGCCAGCCCUCCCAGCAUCUUCAGUGCCCCCUCUACCGACCAGACUCAAGUAGCUUUGCAGCCAGCUUGCGAGAACUGGAAAAAUGUGGAUGGUACUGGGGACCGAUGAACUGGGAAGAUGCAGAGAUGAAACUGAAAGGGAAGCCAGAUGGGUCCUUCCUGGUACGAGACAGCUCUGACCCUCGUUACAUCUUGAGCCUAAGCUUUCGAUCGCAAGGUAUCACUCAUCACACUCGGAUGGAGCACUACAGAGGAACCUUCAGCCUGUGGUGUCACCCCAAGUUUGAGGACCGCUGUCAGUCUGUGGUGGAGUUCAUAAAGAGAGCAAUCAUGCACUCAAAAAAUGGGAAGUUCCUUUACUUCUUGCGAUCCAGGGUUCCAGGUCUCCCUCCAACUCCAGUCCAGCUUCUGUAUCCUGUUUCCAGGUUCAGCAACGUCAAAUCCCUUCAGCACCUUUGCCGCUUCCGCAUCCGGCAGCUCGUCCGCAUAGAUCACAUUCCAGAGCUCCCACUGCCUAAGCCUUUGAUCUCCUACAUCCGGAAGUUCUAUUACUACGACCCACAGGAAGAGGUGUACCUUUCACUGAAGGAAGCCCAGCUUAUCUCAAAACAGAAGCAGGAGACCGAAUCUUCAACGUAGCGAGGCUGCCUUGUCCUGUCCUGUUGCUGUCCCUGAUGUUAGGAAUUUGGCUGCCAACCUCCUGUAGCAUGGACCCCCAACAAGGCUACAGUGACAAGGAGGCUCAGGAAGGAGGAGCCUGGCUCUGCAAGACCGACUUCUGCUCUUCUGGCUCUUUUGUACCUUGCCAAGAAGCACAGUGGCAUGGGGGUGCGGACCUCAGCUCCCAGCUCAGCAGAGGAGCCUUGGAGGGCACAGACACACACAGCCUCUUCGCAGAACAAAGAAUGUCACGGCAGUAUUGACUGGUUAUUUUUUGGAAAGUUUUAUUUUUGAUGUCUUCAUUUUUCCAGCAUGGGAAAUACUGUCUUAAGAGUGGCUGGAUUUCUGUCCCUUACCUUGAGCAAAAGGCAGGGGAAGAGAAGGGGGGCUGUCUAACAAGCUCACCUGAUCCAGCCAUGCUGGAGAAACUGCCCCUCAGGUCCCGCUGAUGUGGGUCCAGCCCAAGAGCUGCUCUGAAGCAGACUGAGCCAGAUUUGUGUGCAGCUACGUAGAAUAAUGGGGCGGGGGGGGAUGGGGAGGGAGGGAGGGAAGGCGUAGAGUUCUACAGUGUGCAGCUGCAUAGAUCCUGUGCUUUCUAGGGGAUGGAGAGAGCCAAGCAUAGCCUGGAGCAGUUGUGUUGCUACUGGAAUGCAGGGUGGUCCCAUGCUUUCCUAUUAUACCCUGGGAAAGAGCAGUGCAUGCUCCUUUAGAUCAGUCUGGAGCCUCCUGCUAAACAGAAUGGAUGUAAGUGUGGAGCAAGGAGCCUGCUUCUGAAGAGGCCAUCCACCACUUGGCAAACACUGGCAGACUUCCCUGAAGAGUCUUCAGCAAAAACCUUUGACAAUUCCUCCUUCAGUAACAUGGAAUCUAGCAAAGCUCUAACUACAACUGCCUGUGUUCCAGUCAUCUCUAAACCAAGGGCAUCCCUGCCUCGCCAAAGCAAUCUCUGCCUUCCAGAGCUGUGGGUCCUUUUGUUACAGCCUUUGUGCCAGCUAUUCCCAGAAGCUGUGAAUGAAGUGUUUUUUUUAAUGAAAGGAGCAGUGUGGAAUCCUGAUAACUAAUUGCUGAGGCAUAUGGGACAGCUUUUGAACUGAACAGGGAUGGACCAGUUUUGAUCCUCCCUUCUUUGUUGAAUGGGAAGAUUUAAGGAGAGAAGCCUAAUGUAGUACUUGGAGACAGCAUAUAAUUUUCCCCCCUCUUCCCCCCUGAUUGAUUCUUCUGUAUUUAUAGCCUUUCUGGGGCUAAACUAGGAUGUUCUGUGAUCCCUAUUCACAGAACAGCUACUACUGAUUGGAUCAGGAAUGGGGGCAGGACAGGGGGAAAGGCAUGGUUGUUCUUUCCCUAAUCUUGUUAAGUUCUCCAUGGCUUCUUGGACUUGGCAGAGGUCAUUCUCCCAUCUUCUCAAGGUACCUGAUCAGUUUGUUUCCUCAGGCUUUAACUGCAAAGAAGGGACAUUUGUUGUUAAUGGUAAAAUGUAGUCUGUCCUGCAGUGAAAUUCUCUCCAUGUGCUGUUAAAAAAAAAAAAAAGAAAGAAAAAAAAAAAUGGUGUUCCUACCAUUUCAAAUCACUGGGGGGUAGGGCAGAAGCACCUUCUCCUGGCAGCAGCGUGGCCCGCAAGUUGAGAUGCUUGUCAGCCAUUGUGCAGCCUUGGUCUGCUCCUCUGACAGCCCUUUCUGGUGGUCUUGCCAUGUUGGUGUAGCCAAUGAGGAAUGUGUAGGCUUUGCAACCCUCCCUAGAGGAUGCUUACUGAGAUUUAGAGAGAGUAGCUUUGAAAAUCAGGGUUGCCUCACUUGGUAAAGCCUUCCAACAGAGGUUGCUGGAGAACUGGGCCUCCCCUUCUCAUCUGAUAUCCCUGGCUUUUUGUCUCAAAAAGAAUGUGUUCAUUGUACCAGUUUAAAGGAUUAACCUCCAGAUGAGCCCAACCACCAGGUUUGAAAGUGCUACUGAGUCUGCAUCAUAGUGGUGCAUUUGUAUUUUGGAUGUGGGGGGGUCAGGAGGGGAUUGAUACCCCAGUUAAGUCUUGCCAUUCUGGGUGCCUGGCUCAGAUGCUACAAGAGGUAGAACGUAGUGCACAGCCCAGCGGGUCCUAUCAAUGAGACUCUGGGGAGUUUUCCUCUUGUGGGCAGCCUCUGUGUACCCUCACAGGCUGAGCUCUGCAGCUGACAACUGAGUUAGGGUAGAAUAUGCAGGUCCUCCCACACAAAGGUGCCCACAAGAGCAUUGGGCAAGUGCUCUGAAGUUUGAAAAUCCAUCUGCACUAUUUGGACACCCAGCCCCAUGAGUGCAUCUCCAUCUGUGGUGGGCUGUGACCUCUCUACCCACCCCUUUGUGAUACCUUGAUCACACUAUAGAUGAAGAAUUUAAAAGUUCAGCCUUCAGCUGAAAAGAAGAGAAUUUAUUUCCUUAUGGGAAGCAGAAAGACAUCUCCAGAAUGUGUCUAAAUCUGUGGACAACUGCGGAAGGGCUCUAGUUAACCAGCUGGGCAUCUCUGAAGGCACUGCAAUGUGAUGGCCAGUGCAGCCGAUUAAAGGGAUGGUUGUUGGGCUUGGCUGGCAGCUUCUCUUCUGCUGGCCCUGUAGGAUGCCUGGCUUCGACAUGGAGCCUGAAGAUCUUGAGAAUCUCCUUAACUUGAGAUGGCCACAAAAGUCUCCUACUCCAGGUUCUUUCUGCUGCAAGGAAAGAUGCAAGCUGUCAACUCGGUGCUGGAUCUGGGGAAGCAAGCAUGGGGAGAGAGAGAGAAAUAACCAGGUUGGAAGAGAGAAGAGGGAAUUUGAAACGGCAAACACUGAGAAGCGGUGGAGAGUCAGAUGCUGGCCCCAACAGCAUUGCCUGAACAGGGGAGAGUAAAAACGCACAAAUCUACACCCCAGCCGGAGCUGGGUCAAAAAGAAAUCCUUAUCUCUACUGCUCCGACUUCUUUUUUUCUUCUCAUAACUGGUUUUAAUUCCCCACUCUACCUUUCCCUUUAAGCUCAAUGCAACUACUGAUGUCUCAUGCCUGCUGAGUAGCUGAGUCUCAUUCCUGCUGAGUAGCCUAGGGCAGGUUGUGUAUCUGGAACAGGAACUGUCCAAGAAGAAAAGUAACCUGAUAAUACUGUUGCAUCUGGAUUUGGGCUGCUGUGACCAUGCUGUAAGAGAACAUUCUCCACGGCCUGUCUGGCAACUCCCACUGUUACUUGAAACACGUAUGCUGCAGUGGGCAAGUGUUCUGGCCAGAUAGUGGGUGGCUAAAAAGGGCUUUGAGGGCUACACCAUGGGUGCCUGUGGCUCAUGCUCUUGAGUUGCUGGUCAAGUGUUGCUUUAUUUUCUCUCCCUGGUGCUAAGGUCCCCUGGUUAUGGAAUGUAACACUGUCUGCAUGUCAGCAUAGGAGGUUCCUGGACUUCUGGAAGCUUCAGUCUUAAAAGCAGGUUUCCCUAAAGCCAUCCAAAAAGAAAAAAAAUAGAAGCUUACACGCUCAGCCAUUUUUCUGGGGAGGAGCGAAUGAGGUUUUACCUGGUUAAAAAAAAAACAACUGGCCAAGUAUUUUCUGCAAGAUUCUGUUUCAGUAGCCUCUGCUAGCUUUUAGUUUUAGAAAGGAUUAGAGGAAGGGGUAACUUCCUCAAGCUGGGAGCAUGCAGGAUUCUAGGUGCUAAAUCUCUUGUGUGGUUGUUUUGUGAGGUCACUUUGAUCAGCAUCAAGCCAAGGUCACUGUAGUGGCCACCCUGGAUCAGCCUCUGUGUGACAGCAGCUGUUAUGAGGGUGCAAAGUACUCUCCCUCUAAACAUCCCUCACUGUCUUUCUAUGGCAUAGGUAGUGACGCCGAGGCAGGAUAAGUUGCCCAGUAAACAGUCUGCUGUCCACAUUGCAUCUGGAUAAUGUCCCUAUGCUCCUGGAAUAAAUGGAGCUCCUUUGAAGCCCACAUCUAAAACAAGCUUGCUGUCCAUAUUCUAAAGCACAUUCCUCUCCCUGCUAGGUUUCUGGGCUAUAGCUUUUCCUGCAGGAAGGGCAGCCACCUUGCCUGCUUUUGGAACCUCUGAAUGCUCAUACUGCUACAAUUCAGAGACUGCUAGCCUGAUAGUUUCUAGGGUCGGAAUGGGACCUGAAUAGAUCAUCAAGUCAAUAGAUAGAGCAGGUUUCUUCACAAGUGGCCAUGGCCACCCUUAAUGAGUGUAGGUGGCCUAAUACAGAGAUCUGAAAGGUGACCAGAUAUCCUCUUUGUCGUGUGAGUGAUUCCAUCGUAAUGUAGGGAGGAACACUGAAUGCUUUGUCCCUAUGGGAAUCUCUUAUUUGUAGGUUAGCAGUUUAUCUUGAUUUAAAGGGAUGCUAUCAGCUUGCUUCUGAAAGUUAUUUAAAGCAGCUUUCUUGUCCCGAGCUGAUUCCUUUUAAGAGGCUUUUUCUUCUCCUUGGUUUAUCAGAGCCCUUUACAGUAAAGAAGGGAUUGACUGGAUUGGGGUGGGGGGGAAGGGGAUGAGAGGAAAUAUGACUAUAUAGGACAUGAAUAGGCAGUGACUAUACACAAGUUGCACAAAGUAAACUUGAAAAAACCAUCUACCUUGUCAGUUUUGAUAGUGGAACUGGGGUCAGGACAGAGCAUCCAGCCAUAUGUAUCUGUAUUUCAAGUUGAUGAGGCACCUUUAAACUUACAUGAUGUAAACACCAGCUUGUGCUGUUGCAUGUGUGUUCCAUCCCUCUUUUCACUGCAGUGACAUUUCUGGUAAUGAAAUGCUUUUGACUUGCUCCUGGGGAGCAAACCUUUAAUAAACAGAAGGCAGGUGUUUUAUGAGCAUCAGGUGCCAGUUACUCCUGAACAUGACUUGAUGGGAAAGUGGCUCUGAACUGUGCCAGGAAAGGAAAUAGCUGAUGUCCUCACUUGACAUGGAACCAUCUUGCAAGCUGGUUAGAGAGGUGUUCAAGGAAGCUAGCAGGCAGGCUCAGAGUCCAACACUGGGAUUUUCCCCAUGACAAGUGUAAAGCUAGAGCUAGAGGCUGAUGACCCUUUUCUAUGGAAAGGAAACACUACAAGAAAGUGGACUUUAAAACUAAGUCGUAUUUGUUUGUAUCCAGCCUCUAGCCAGGCAGGGAAUAGAGAAGUAUUUUGUGCCUUUUGACACUGAAUCCAAUCUGUGCAGCAUCCAACUUCCAAGUGUUCAGUCCCCAUUAUGACACUUCUGGUCCAUCUUACCUCAAAAGCUCAAUGCAUUGAGUUUCAGGUUCUUCUGAAGGCCCAGCCCAGCCCCCAGCUUCUCCUUUAUAAUUUGCCUAACAUCAGGUAACAUGUGGGUAAACUCUUAGAACUGCUGCUUUUAGGGGACACUACUACAGUGUAACUCCUACCCAUUGCAAAGACAGUAGGCCUUGUCCUGAGGGUAUGCCACGGGUCUACUGUUCCCUCCUGUGGGGGAUUGGGCAACCUCAGUCCUGAAAGGAGGCCAAGAGAAUGAAGUAUGAGACACCGUGUAGGUAUCACCCCCCCAUGUGGGCUCUUCUUUGUAAGAGGGUGAUUUGGUUCAUUCUGUCACUUGGGAAUGGACUUCACUUGUAAAAACCACUCAUAGACAGGAGCAAGCAGGGACAGUAGGGCAGGGUGUGGGGAUAGAAUGAUGUAACCCUCCCUCCAAAGCAUUGCAAGCUUUCCUGUGCUGGGGGACCUUAGAGUCAGCCCUGGGGGCCAAUAAUGACUGGGUAGAGUGACAGGAUGUCUGGUGAGGUAGAAAUAAGCGUCUCCCUACAGCAAGGGCUUUGGCUGCCUGAGAAGGUUGCACCAGGGCAUCUUGACUCAUGUUUUUCUACUGCUACUUUAAACCAGGUUAGAAAGCAGAGUAGGGACUCUGAUUUUCUGAGUAGCUCGUAGCAAUUCCAGCCUCUUUCUUCUGGGCUCAAUAAUAAGCACCUCAGGAGCAGUCUUCCCACACCAGUCUCACUAAAUCUUUUUAAUGGCUUAAGUAAUGCUAGGGCAGUUUCUUCCCUCUAAAAGUUUCUAGUGUCUGCCUCCAAAAUGCAUCAUCUUGGCAGCAAUUGAGCAGAGGAGGCAGUUUGCUUGACUGGUGAAUCCCAUCAAAUCAGCCACAGUUGGGUGAAAAAAAAAAAAGGGCCUGUAUAGCCCCUGUUUU